UGUUUUGUCAGCAAAAAAAAUAAAUAAAUAAAUAAAUAAAUAAAAAUAAUUUUUUUUUUUGUUAACUUCAUUAUCAUUGAAGACAACACAUCCAUCCAUCCAUCCAUCAGCUGAUCCCUUAAAUAUCAUCCCUAUAUUAUCGGCAGUUUGUUUCUGUCCAUUUGUCAAUUAUAUACCGCGCGGCCGACACACACACAAGUAUGGCAUCAACGCCGCCGCCGCCGACUGGUCUGGUAAUUGUUGCCGACGGCGCCGAAGAAAUGGAAACCGUCAUAACUGUGGAUGUGUUGCGCAGAGCCGGCAUUGAUGUGACGGUAGCGGGUCUUAGCGGUAAACAGCCAAUCAAAUGUAGUCGCGGUAUUUGUAUUGUACCCGACGUAGCCCUUGACAAUGUUGUCGACGGCAGAGAUGGCGGCCACACGUUUGAUGCCGUCAUAUUGCCCGGCGGUCUCGCCGGUGCCCAAGCAAUGGCCGCGUCCGAACUGGUCGGACAUGUACUCAGCCAUCAACAACAAGCCGGCCGUUUGAUUGGUGCCAUUUGUGCGGCACCGGUAGCCCUACUCGAGCACCGAAUCGGUCUCACAAAGCGGCUAACAUCGCAUCCGUCAAAAGCUGAUGAACUUCGACGGGAUUAUCAGUACGUCGACGACCAGCGUGUAGUAGUCGACGGCCAACUGGUUACCAGCCGUGGACCGGGAACUACGUUCGAGUUUGCGCUGGCCAUUGUCGACAAACUGUUGGGUCCCGAAAAAGUUACCGAAAUUUCUGGUCCAAUGGUUCUCAAGUAGUAGUAGUCAGUAGUAGUGAACCAUUGUUUUAAAGACAAUAAGAUUUGUUAACUGAUCUCUAAUUAUAUUUAUUUUUUUUGUGGAGAUCUUUGUGUUAAUUGUGAUAAUUAAUGAUUCA